ACGCGAUCGGACGAUCCCGUGGAGCCUUGCCAAACACGGAGCUCGCACGAGGCGGAGGCGUGGAUCCGUCCCGGCGUCUAUUAAAGUCUCGGGACGGAGGAGUUCUUCCCCCACCCCCCUAUCGUCUUCUCCGCCCGCUCUCUCGCUUCACUCUUCUCCUUGGCGGAUGGCGAAGUUUUUCACCCUCAACACCGGGGCCAAGAUUCCUUCCGUCGGCCUGGGAACCUGGCAGUCCGCGCCGGGUCUCGUCGGCGCUGCUGUCAUCGCGGCCGUCAAGGCUGGCUAUAGGCAUAUUGAUUGUGCUCGUGUAUACAACAAUGAAAAGGAGGUUGGUUCGGCUCUAAAGAAGCUAUUUGAUGAGGGUGUCGUGAAGCGUGAAGAGUUGUUUAUCACAUCUAAACUAUGGUGUAGCGAUCAUGCUCCUGAAGAUGUGCCUGUUGCAAUCGAUCUAACUCUGAAGGACCUCCAGCUUGAUUAUGUGGAUCUCUACCUUAUUCACUGGCCAUUUCGCGUUAAGAAGGGGAGUAGCAUAAGCCCUGAAAACUUUUUACCGCCUGAUAUACCUGCUACAUGGGGAGCAAUGGAAAAAGUGUACGACUCAGGUAAAGCUCGCGCUAUCGGCGUGAGCAAUUUUUCUACAAAGAAGUUAGAAGAUCUGCUUUCUGUUGCACGAGUUCCCCCAGCCGUCGACCAGGUUGAGUGUCACCCUGGUUGGCAACAGAUGAAGCUUCGUGCCUUGUGUCAGUCUAAGGGUGUUCAUCUCUCCGCGUACUCCCCUCUGGGCUCUCCUGGCACAUCGUAUAUCAAGGGAAGCAAUGUACUCACACAUCCUAUUGUAAACAUGAUUGCUGAAAAACUGGGUAAGACUCCUGCACAAGUAGCUCUGCGUUGGGGUCUUCAAAUGGGUCAAAGCGUGUUGCCCAAGAGCACCACCGAAGCAAGGAUAAAGGAUAACUUUGAUGUAUUCGGUUGGUCUAUUCCCGAUGACUUGUUUGGCAAGUUCUCUGAAUUUGAGCAGGCACGGCUACUGACGGCCAACUUUUUCGUGCAUCCACAAAGCGUUUACAAAAGUGUUGAGGAGCUGUGGGACGACGAGAUCUAAUCGUUCCGAGUGUUUUUUUGUUUUUUUUUUUUUGUUUUGGUACUCAUCAAUGAUGAUUGGAUUAUCUUUGAACACUGUUUGACCGUGUGAUAUUUAUGGUCAAAUUUGUUUGCCACACGGCUCCAUUUCUGAACUUUGUUUGUUUUCAAGUCCUUUCUAAUGCAACUUUUUUUGAAUUUAAACAUCAGAUUGGUGCAAUUGUUU